CGCAGCGGCGCCCGCGGGUGGGCGGAGCCGGCAGGCAUGAGUGGCGGAGGGACCGAGACUCCCGUGGCGUGUGAGGCCGCCCACGGCGGCGGCGGCGGCGGCGGCAAGAAGCGGGACUCGCUGGGGACUCCGGGUGCGGCGCACCUCAUUAUCAAGGAUCUUGGAGAGAUUCAUUCAAGGCUUCUGGAUCACAGACCAGUUACCCAAGGGGAAAUUCGAUAUUUUGUAAAAGAAUUUGAAGAAAAACGUGGCCUUCGCGAAUUGCGAGUUCUUGAGAACUUGAAGAAUAUGAUCGAGGAAACAAAUGAGCGCAUGCUUCCCAAAUGCAGAGAGACCAUGCAGGAUGGUCUGGAGGAGACCCUGCAGAAACUGCAAGCAGCCAACGACUCCAUCUGCAGACUCCAACAGAGAGAACAGGAACGGGAAAAGGUGAUUCAUGACCACUUGACAGCUAGUGAGAAGCAGCGUCUGCUCCAGUGGGAGGAGUUCCUGAAAGAACAGCCGCAGCGCCGAGCUGAAGUGGACGAUGAGCACAGAAGAGCCAUGGAAAGGCUCAGGGAGCAGUAUGCCGCAAUGGAGAAGGACCUAGCCAAGUUCUCUACCUUUUAAGAAUUUGAUCUACAGGGACAGAUGAAUGAAAAGGCACUGGCUUCCCCCAAAUCUUUCUACCAACCACAGAGCCGCUUCUGCAAGCUUAGAAAAAUAUGCAGUGGCACUCCUAGGUCUGAAGAGAGAAACUUCUGGAGCCGGAUCAAUGUCCACUGGAAGAAGAGUGCUUGCGUGUCUGAAUGUGACCGUCUGGAGAGGAGUGAAAAGGGGACAGAUGUGUUGCUAAUCCGAUGUGGUCUUCUCGGUGAUUAGCUCAGAUUGCUGUGUGCACGGUUCUUCAAGAGUCCACUUCAUUGUCACCAAGGGUAAAGGGUUUAUUAUUGUGGGUUAAAUGGCAGGUGUGACCUGUCACAGCAUCCUUGGGGAAGGGUCAGAACAGCUCCUCUUGUGACAGAGAUGCCAUGGUGGGCUUUAACAGCUUACUUGGAGACACCAGAUUUUGCAGUACAACACAAUAUUGUGUGUUUUGCUGGGUGACAAGACACAUGCCUUGUAGCAUUUAAUAUUUUCAUCUCCUAAACUAUGCUUAGGAGAAAAAUCCCACCAAAAUGUAUUUUUGACAUUUAACCUCUCCAAGGAUCAUCAUCUUGCUCAUAGUACCCCCCUCCCCUUUUGUGUCCAUUUUGCUUUGCGCGGGCUCUUUAAGGAACAGCAUCUGUGCAUGCUUCAGCUGCUCAGUAGGUAGUCAGCAGAGUCUGCAUGGAGUCCCUCCAGAACCAUGUAAGACUGGCUCUGGGCAGACCAGAAAUGUCCGUCCACACAGCAGAUGAUGUGUGUUAGGGGUAAAUCCCCUUCGUAUUAAUGUCCGUCCUCUAGCAGGUGUGUCCCAGUGGACACCACUAUCCGUCACCGCUGUGAUCAUCACACACUUGCACUUAAUCUAAUCGAGGAACCAUGUUGAGUUCCAUUUGCUGUAAAUUAAACAGACGUGCAUGCAGUCAUUUGAGGAGAUGGAUAGCCAGUGGAUUUGAGGUGUGGGUGAGUCUUUCUAGUAUUUUCUGUUGCUCUUCAGUCAAGAAAGGUAAGAAAGAAAAUACCUCACUCAUGAUAUCUCAGUGUUUUCACUGCAGAAAAUUGACAAUGCUUGCCUGUGUAAAUGUAUGGCCGACUGUGAAAGCUUCAUUCUUGGCUCAUGCUGAAAUGUGAUUAAAGCUAAUAGAAGAGAUGAAAUAAGUAUUUGAAACUUCUUUCAGUAACACUGAACUUCUGCCAACUUUCUCUGUUUGCUACUGUAGGCCUGACAGGCUCAUCAAUCAUCCUCUGGUCCCUGGGCUGAAAGAGCACUUGCUGACACAGAAGCAUGCUAGAAUUUUCUUAAUUCUCUUUCGGUGGAUGGAAAAAAACAUUUCCAAAAAUAGCCAACACGUGAAAAGGGAAGGGAGAGGGCCACAAGUAAAAAACCCCUUUGUAUCAUAGGCACUCUUUGGAAUGUUGUUAGUGACCGCCACACCAUUAAUAGUUGCUAUCAAAUCAGAAUUCUGUGUGCGGGUGGGCGUGUGUACUGUGCUCACUGGACACAUAGCACAGCAGAGAUUUCUGGUGCUUUGUGUGCAUCACAAACUAAUAAGUGCUUUAUCUCCUAAAUUUGCACACAGCAACAUCUUUGUAAGGAGAGCAGACCAGGACAAUGUCUAAGCUUCCUUGUUCCUGCACUCAGUUUUCUCCGCCACUGUUAAGGGUCAGUUGCUUUGCCUUCCUGUUGUCUUGUUCAGUGGUGGACACUUCUCCUUUUCUUCCUUUCCAAAUCAACUUUGUUACAUAUUUUAAAGAAUUCAGUUGCAUAAUUUACAUUUGUGCUGUGUUGAACAGAGAUGCUGUGGUUAUAUGUGGCUCACAGGAUUCUAACAAUCAAACGAAAUAAUGUGUUAUAAUUUUAAACCAUUAGGAAAUGUUGAUUUGAGUGUAAGUUUUGGUUGUAAUUAAUUUCUCUUUGACAUGUGACGUUUUCUUUUUUGUUCCUAACUGAUAGAUUUUAAAUUCUGUUCUUAUUAUUGAUUUCUCCUAUAGUUGAAGUCUAAUCAGAGAAUAGGUACAUAUACAAUUGAAUUGUUCAGAUUUGUUAGGGUUUGCAUUAGUGAAGAUACAGUCUGUUUUACAACUGUUCAUAGUGUGUGGAAAAUGUGCACUGCCAGCCAGGUGUCCCUUAGGCCAGGCCUGUUAUGUACAGGGCUUCUGUCCCUUUCCUUCUACGUGACCCUUCAGAUUCUGCAGUAUGUUAGAAUUUCCUUUCCUGUUGGGUUUACUAUUUUAUCCCUAAAACUAACUAUUAACUAACACUGUUUGCCCAGACUUACCCGCAACCUAUGUGGGAAGCUGUUAGGGUGCAGUUGCAGGGUGGCAAUUAUUUUCUUCCUCCCCGUCUUUUCUUGUUGCUUCUGAAAUGACACCUGAUCAGCACACCUUGGUGACUUUCAAGAUUCUUCUCUUUGGUGAGAGUUAAACAUUCUACUUUCCCAGCACCACUGAUUUCUCCCUCGCAACACUGCAAGCCCCAGACCAUAUUCCCUUUACCCCUGUGUAUAAAACGAGUUGUACGUUCUUACCUGUCCUGUGAAGGAGCGAGAUCUGAUGCCUCUCAAUGGCGGUUGAUUGGUGCCUGGGGAUCCGAGGCAUAGAGGAAAGAGUUGAGCCUGCAAUACCCACUGUGACCUGCAGCUGCCCUUCUCAGCCAUGGCAUGAAGAUUUGAUCUUUUUGUAGCCAAAGGAAAGAGAAAGAAAAAGACUGAAGUGUGUGUAGGAAGAGACAGAGGCCCAGAACAUGUGCUCCUGUUUUGCUCUUUCUAACCCAGUGAGCAUAGGGAAAAAGGUCACGUGAGGGUAUAGCAAGAAGCAAGACUGGCUGUUUGAUAACCAGGAAGAGAGACCUCAUCGCAAGUGACUCGAUCUUUGAUAUCAUGGCUGCUAGGUCUGAGAAGGGUAGUUUCCUUUGAUUGAGCAACCCACCCUAUGACAACCAAAGUAGACUGUAGACUGCCACCAUCCGUGCCUUUUAUUCUUGUCACUCAUGUAGACACGGCUGCUUGAAACCCAGAUCCUUGUAGCCAGAAGGGAAGGGGCACCUCCAGGACAGCUCUAAUACCAGAGCUCAGUUACCCUGUAGAAUUGCGUUGUCUCCCAGAUCAGCUUCAUGAACUCAGCUUUGAAUAAAGAAUUAGAUCAUUUCUUGUAGAUUUUUUUCAGGGUAUUCCAUAGUCAGAGAGAUCUCUAUGUAUGGAAACGGCUAAGGAAGUAUGUGAUGAUUUUGCCACAUUAAAAUUUCCUACAAAAAGAA